AAGAGAAAAAUGAUGAAACUCGACCCACCCGGCCCUCCCUCUAUUUAGGGUUUUAGAUUAUUUUCUACCUUCUACGCAGAAAUACAUUUCACCGUCUCUUUUGUGCACAUUACUGAUAGUACAACAAACCACUCCAGUCCUCUCUCUGUCUGCAAAAACUAACCCCUUUUGCUGAAAUCACUCUAUUUAUCUUCUUCUAGUAGGUUUAAAGAUGUCGGCGGUGGUUCAGCUUCGCUGCUCUUCACUUCCAGCCCACUAUCACUAUCAAACUCUUUACUUUUCUGCUGUCAAACCCUCAUUUUCAGACAACAGCUGCGUCAGAAAUCUCAGCUUUAACCCAUUAACUACCAGCCAUGUGGGUUCUAAACAAUUGCUUAUUAAGUAUCAAGUUCCUUGUGCUGGGUGGGGUGGUGGUGAUGGAGGAAGCAUUGGCAUUGGUGGUGGUGGCGGUGGUGAUGGGGAUUCGGGUGAUGGGGGACAUUCAGAUGAUUCCUUGAACAGUUUUGGACCAAUUGGUGCUUUUGUUAAUGGCUGGAGAUCUAGGGUUGCUGCGGAUCCACAAUUCCCUUUUAAGGUUCUUAUGGAGGAAUUGGUUGGUGUCACUUCUGCUGUCAUAGGAGACAUGGCAUCACGUCCUAACUUUGGCCUUAAUGAAUUGGAUUUUGUGUUUUCCACACUUGUCGUUGGUUCCAUUUUGAAUUUUGUGUUGAUGUAUAUAUUGGCACCAACAGCAUCUGUUUCUAGUCGAGCCCUGCCUUCAAUUUUCGCCAGUUGCCCACCAAGUCACAUGUUUGAGCCUGGGGCUUACAGUUUAUUCAGUAGGGUUGGGACAUUGGUCUACAAAGGAACUCUCUUUGCUGCAGUUGGAUUUGCUGCUGGACUUGUUGGAACUGCAAUUUCUAAUGGCUUAAUCAAGAUAAGGAACAACAUGGAUCCUAAUUUUGAGACCCCAAAUAAGCCCCCUCCAACACUUCUAAAUGCUGGAACAUGGGCAACUCAUAUGGGUGUCAGCAGUAAUUUAAGAUACCAAACGCUUAAUGGAAUUGAGUUCUUGCUAGACAAAGCUCUUCCUCCAGUUGUUUUUAAAACGUCCGUUGUGGUUUUGAGAUGCUUGAAUAAUGUUCUUGGGGGAAUGUCAUUUGUCAUGUUGGCAAGGCUGACUGGUUCUCAGAGUGUAGAUAAAGGGGAGCUAGUUACUGUGAAAGAUGAUGGAAUAAAGGUAGAGAAAGAGAGGUUGCUGAAUCAGAGCGACAACAUACAAACUGGUCAUUCUGUUUUAAAGUGAAUCGGCUUUGUGUGUAUCAAUAUCUUUCUAGUUACAAUCCCUCAAUUCAGCUUAGUCAGUUUUUGCCCCUUACUAUGAAAGUAUGAAUUAUGAUCAUAAAUAAUUAGUAGUAUUUAGCUUCUCUGACUUCAUGUCCUUCAGGAGUUUUGAGUUUGUGUCCUGUCUAGCUUUCCUUUUCAGUGAUGAUAGAACCAGUUAUUUGUUGGUGUUGAUUAUGAUUUAUGUCCAUUUGUAUGUUAAAAAUGACAUUCAUGCUUGCAACUGACACUACGCCCAAAUCAUGUUAAAGGGGAAGUAGCACCGUUUUCCCGUCCUGCAGCAUACAUAAUUUCUUUUAUUGUCUUUCGUUACUGCUGAUAUAGCUAUAGUCUUGAUGGUGUAUGGGUUCUUUCUUUUUAUGGAUAUACAUAUUUUAAAUGAAA